AUGCCGGGACAGUCAGAUGACUACACACCUCGACAAAUACCACCACAGGGACAGUUAGAUAACUACACAACUCGACAAAUACCACCACAGGGACAGUCAGAUAACUAUACGCCUCGACAAAUACCGCCACAGGGACAGUCAGAUAACUACACACCUCGACAAAUCCAACCACAGGGACAGUCAUAUAACUACACACCUCGACAAAUACCACCACAGGGACAGUUAGAUAACUACACAUCUCGACAAAUACCACCACAGGGACAGUCAGAUAACUACACACCUCGACAAAUACCACCACAGGGACAGUCAGAUAACUACACCCCUCGACAAAUACCACCACAAGGACAGUCAGAUAACUACACACCUCGACAAAUACGACCACAAGGACAGUCAGAUAACUACACACCUCGACAAAGACCACCACACGGACAGACAGAUAAUUACACACCUUGA